AUGUCGCAUACUGUGUCUCGCACCCAACAGCAGGUGUUUCGAGACCUGAAGAUCGAUGAUGGCUUCUUCUCGCAGAUGCUGCUUCCGAUGGCGGAGGCGGAAGGUGACUUCGAUGUCUACCUGAUGGAGAAGGGCGUGAUGCCUCUUCUGUUGCAGGGGCUCGAUGCCCUUAGCAAGCAUGUGGACAAGGUCGCCCAAGGCACCACCAUGGGCAGUAGCAAGCAGAAGUUCAAUCCCUUGGUCUGGCUGGCACAAUACCUUCUUCGGAAUCAUCCUGGCCGCAUCCACGACCAUCGCACCGGGACGUGUCCUGGCCAGGUCUUGAUCGCACUAUGGAUGGCCUCACCACGUAAGCGUUCCCCAGUGAAUCAUGGUGAAUGCAUGGGUUCGGACUGUCUCAAUCUCCAAGCCCCGAACUUGUCUGCUUCGGGGUUCGCUUCGCAGAUUUCUCAACCACCACUGAGUGCUCACGGCUGUGGAAGGCAACCGCCGCUGCGGCGGUCGCCAAAAAAGAGAACCUCAUAG